UGUGCGUCCCAAGCCAAAACAGCAUGGUGCGUCUUGUGCAUUGGUUCCAUCCCCUGCGGAGGUAACAGCGGGGUCAGAGCGGGGCUGGUAGCCGAGAAACGGUGACCGAGACACGGCUUGGUUGGAUGACAGGGGUCGGUCCGCUGGAGGGUUCCAGAAUGGACGACAGAGACUCAGCAGCUCGCCCGAGGAGGAGGAGGAGGAGUAGGAUGGUAUCUACUACUGCUGCUGCUGCCGAGGACCAUGGAGCUAGUGAAAGUGACGAUGUGAUCGAGGUGGUUGACUUUCUCUCCCCCAGAGAAACGCACCCUGGAGCGGAUAGACCGAGUGCUGCGGACCGGAGGAACUCGGCACUUCAAGCAAAUGUCCACCACAGACACAUGCCGAUGGAGCCGCUCAAGUUCCACAUACCGAGGAAAACUAAGGAGAAGAGAGCCCUCUUCCAGUACGUCUCCACUGAGUCCAGAGAGUAUGAAGACAUGAUGACCAUCCUGACCUCCAGCUACGUUGACACCAACUCCGCUGGCUGCUUCACCUACUGCAAGCCUCGGCUCGUCCACAGUGAGCUGCAGGAGAAAGAGUUUGUAGAGAAGAGGAAGGAGAUGAAGGCGGAUGGGAGGACUGACAAGGAGCUGGAGGAGAGCUACUGUUUCCUGUUAUCUGAUGCUAUUAAGCUUCCCCUGCUCUGUGAGAAAGGGCUGUUUGUGGGUCAGAGCUGGCUCACAGUGCUGGGACACCCGAGUAAAGGGGUGUAUCUCUCCAGGUACUCAGACCUCCUCCAGGUUAAUCACUUCACCCCUGGAGCAACAUGGGAGAUCAUCAUCUUCAAAGUGAUGAAGGGUAAAGUGAAGAGCAUCUAUGAAAACAUGAAGAACCUUAUAGAUCCAACGCCUCGCUUCGACAGCCACCUCUCCAAAAACGCCAGCAAGGUCACAUCGCUCAACUCCUUCCGCGCCUUUGAGCUCACACAGCAAUACUUCUACGAGUAUGAAUUUGAUGAACUGCGGCAGCGGCCUCGUCAGGUUUGUCCGUAUGCUGUCGUCUCCUUCCAGUUUAAAGGAAAAGACUCCCCACUUCCCAGCAAACCUCUGGCCCCCAUCAGGUCGAACAGUCAGUCAGCAGAGCAGAGUAAAGAGCAAACUCAGUUCACUGUGUGGACUGGAGAUUUGGUAAAAGGCGACCGGGUUCUCUAUCAGAUCGCCCUUCGCUCCUUCUCUCCUCCCUUCCUGCCCCACAGACUACCAGAGAAGUUGGAAAUUGGUUGGUUGAUGAGGCUCGACAAGGUGACCGAGCUCCUCCCCUCCGACCUUUUCUCCUACAACCUCUACAAGAGCAGCCAUAUAGUUGUGAAGAGCGGCCAUUGCUGCAGUCUUCUGGAGGUGAUUGACAGAAGUCGGUCAAUGAACAGUGUGAUUAAACUGCUGCAGGAACUGGAGAUGAAGAGAGUGGUUCUGGUGACUCCACUAUCAGAGAAAGGCUUCCUCUUCCUGCUGUCCAGUGUUCAGAUGGCAACACCCAACGAGAGAGAAGAGAACUGGAAGAGGUGUCUUCAGGCCUUGUUUAUCUUCCCAGAGUCCAGAGAUUUGGCCAACGCCACAUCAAGGUGUGCCUCCUCUUCCCAUGAUGCAACCGAGUCUGGUAGCACGGUGAUGCCGCGUCUGAACCAGUUCAUCCCAGCACUGCAUCAUGCCCUGGUGAAGGCCCGAGCCAACCCCCCUCCUGAGCUGUCUGCCGGCGUGGAGCGCCAGGCACGGGAGUACCUCAUCGGCCAGAACGACGGCAAGGUUCGACAGUACCCCAUGGGCGAGUACGACUCUAAACUGGAUGAGGACGGGAAGCUGUUUCCUGCUCCCAAGCAUCACCGUCUGAACAUGGACGGCUACCUGCACUCCUACCUGUACAGCCCCGCCCUCUAUAUGCUGUCAGUGGCCCGGGCCAGGCAGAUGGUGGAGGCACAGUGUGUCCCCAAGGAGCCACAGGAGGUGAAGCCCAGGAAGAGCUGUGGAGGCCAGAGAGAGGCGAUGGGGAACGAAGCAACCAGCAACACCAGAGACAGACCGACCAAGGAGAAAAUGCAGCAACUGCUAGACCUCAUUUUAACCUGUAAGAGGAAUGCAGAGAAUGAGGUUAAAAGAGAGGAAGGAAGAGACGGAGGGUUGAAAGUACCCGGUAGGAAGAGGAAGCUGGAACAGGAGACGGCAGAGAGAGCGCUGAAAUUCCUGAAGGCGUCGCAGGAACCCAGAGGAAGUGAACAGAUAGCAGUUGACGGAAGCCAAGUCCUCGCCCCUCCUGGCUCUCUCGCGUCUGUGAUUGGCUCAGUGGGUUUGAAGGACACUGACCUAAGAGACGGAUCUGAGCUCGCUACCAAACUUCUCAACCUGCUGACAGGCCUCAACCAGGCUGCCACAGGAACAGCCAAUCAGAGCCCUUCUGAGGUGCAAGAGGAAAGCCAGAGGGAAUCCUGUCCAUUUGAUAGGCUGGCCACCAAACUGGGCCUCCCCACCAACUGUGACAUUGACCUGAGGAAGCAGGAGGAGCUGGAGGAGCAGACGGCCGGCAGCGUCAGUAGUUUGGAGGGAUUCAGUCCCGGCUCCCACAGCGGGGAGAUGAUGAAUCACCACGGAGCAGCAGGUAGAGGGGGAGGAGGAGGAGGAGGAGGGCUGGGGAGGAGAACAGGAGGAUUUCAAGAGGAGGAAGAACAGUGGAUGAUCCCGUGGGUCCUCAUCCCCAUUACAGGUCUGUGUUCGAAGAGGUACACCCAGAGAGACAGAAACAUCCCUCAGGACCCCCGCUUCCACCACCUCGCCACGGCAACAGCCAUCACCACGUCAACCAAACCCCCUAGGAAGAGCCCCACCCCGUCUCCUGUGCCCAGCCCUCCUCCCUCCCCGUCUCUGUGCCCCUCACCUGACCCCAGCCCUCCCCCUUCACCCUCCCAGUGCCCGUCCCCGGAGCCCAGCCCUCCCCCAUCCCCGUCUCAGUGCCCGUCCCCAGAUCCCAGUCCUCCCCCCUCUCCCUCCCAGUGCCCAUCUCCACAGCCCAGCCCUCCCCUCUCUCCCUCCCAGUGCACAUCUCCACAGCCCAGUCCUCCCCUCUCUCCCUCCCAGUGCCCAUCUCCACAGCCAAGCCCUCCCACCUCUCCCUCCCAGUGCCCAUCUCCACAGCCCAGUCCUCACCCUUCUCCCUCCCAGUGCCCAACACAACAGCCCAGCCAUCCUCCUCCUUCUUCCCUGUCCCCCUCGGUUCAGCUCAGCCCUCCCCCUUCCCCAUCCCGGUGUCAGUCCCCCGAGUCUAAUGAGCUCAGCCCACUUAACAAGGAUCGCAGUCGUGCUAACGAGGAGCGGUUAGCUCCCACAGCCUCCAGGGAGUUUGCAGGAAUAUCAAAGGACAGAGAAGAGAAACCUCAAGGGAAAGAAAAGAAAAAUGGGGAACCAUCCAUUUCUGCAUCCAACCAGCCUUUUAUCCCUCCAGUUUCAGAGAGGACAAGCUGCUUACCAUCACUCCCUGAGCGAGAGGUGGAGGAUGCAGACAAAAGGGAAAUGGGGAAAGUGAAGGACACACAGACAAAACUUUUGGGGGAGCGAAAAGAAACGCAGGUUGAAAAAGUGUGUAAACGAGGGGAAGAUGAGGUCAAAGAGGGUAAGCAGGAUGAAGUGGAGGUGGUGGACAUGAUAUGUGAGGAAUCUAGUGAUAAGGAGCAAAAGGGAGACUCAAAGGAACUGGUAGGUGGCUCUUCGUUUUCUCUCUCCACCUCCUCACCUUCUGCUCGUCCUCUCAGAGAUAUCGACAGCAUUGUGGACAAACAUCUGGGGGACUUUUCCUCUGAGUUACAGCUGCUGCUGCAGGAGGAGAGCGUGUACUACAGCUGCCCACAGUCCCCACACUCCACUUCAAACACAGAGAUCUCCGCCCCUAAACAAACAUUCCCAAACACCUCAAUAUCUCAAUUUUCACAGUAUGUGUCAUUCUACCACACCUGUCCGCCGGUUCAGGACUACGUGAGCUCACUACAGGAUAGCAUUGACUGCAUGAUGACAGAGUUUGAUGGCUGGCAGAGCAGCAAGCCUGACACCAGGCGGACUGAGACUGAUGCCACGUUGGCCAACAAUGUAAGUGCUUUUGUGGCCGGCAUCCGAGCAGGCAAUGCUAAAACAGGCAGCGAUGAUGAGGCUUCUGCUCCCUGCGGCGAACUGACGGCUGCCGGUGUCGGUGCUUCAGUUAGUGUAACUCCUGCACUCUCGAAAGGAAGUGAAGGGUGGCGGCCGGAUUCAAUCACCAAACAGGUUCCUGAUGCUGCAAACAACAGGAAUCCCCCAACUUCUAAUGUCACUUUAUCUGUUCCUACCUCGGCAUCUGGUUGUAGCCAAGAACCUGCCAACACUGCCGUCCUCCAUCCUCCUCCUAACAAGUCCUCAAAGUGUCACUGGACACCACAGCAAAGCCAUAGCACCUUAGAGAUCAACAGGACAGUAUCUCACAACGUUAGACAAACACCACAUAACAGCACAAACUUGGCUGUACAUAUUCACAGUGGAAUAGAAGCUGGAAGUAGCCUCGCGGGUGCAAAACGCGAGGUGACUAUUCCAGGUUUCUCUAGUGUUUCUAAACCCUCCGCAGAAUCUUCACCACCCUCUGAGCGCGUCUCCAGCCCGGCCUCAGGGCCCCUAACCAGGCCCGGCACGAGCCCCGCUCCCCCUGUCACAGCUCUCAGCUCCCUCAUCAGCCAGCUGCAGCCAGAGGUGUUCAACAGCCUGGUGGAGAUCAUCAAAGACGUCAAGAGAAACUCGCUGCAGUUCUACCUCCACAGCACUGAGCCAGAGGACCAGGUGUAUGAAGACGUCAGGGAAUACCUCUUGAAGCAGGGCAACGUUGAGCAGAGUCCUGUGGCCUUUAUGAACCAAGAGAACUCUGACAACAAGCUGCUGGUCGUCAUUAAGAACAAGGACAUAGCUGGACACAUACACAAGGUCCCAGGUCUGAUGUCUCUGAAGCGACGCUCGUCGGUGGUGUUUGUGGGGAUCGACACUCUGGACGACAUCAGGAACAACAGUUACAACGAGCUGUUUGUUUCUGGAGGCUGCAUCGUUUCUGACGAGUUCCUCCUCAAUCCGGACUUCAUCAGUCCCGAUCGACUGGCUUCACUGCUGAUGUUCCUGGAAAAACACAGUUCUCUAGACAGUGUUUGGAGAUGGAGAGUUCACUGCAAAACACACAAGAAAUUAAAAGAACAAGCCAGGUUCAGGAGAGAUGCAGCCAACUUACUGGACAUACUGUCAGUCUAUCAGAAGCGGCAGGUUGUUGAAUUCCUCCCAUAUCAUCACUGCGACAUGAUGAACCAUCAAUCAUCUGACCUGGACUGUCUUAUCGAGCUCCAGGCCCGAUACACACAGUACCGACACACAAUCUUCCUGACUGAUCAUCAUUUUGAGAAGUUCCCUGCCUACUCCAGUAGCGGUAUCAUCGUGGCCAGUAUCGAAGAAAUUCUGCACAACUUCACCAAACUGGUCGGUUACCACGACAUCAAGGACAAGCAGCCAAUCAUAGACAACCUGAUUGCACCCAAAGGUGUCAUUAAACAGCGGAGUGAUGGUGACUGUGUGUCAGGCUCUGAACGUUCUCCGUCUAUCUUCCCAGAACACAUCCACCCCCUCUCCUCUGGUGAACAAGCCCAACAUCUUCUCCAACAGCCUGGCUCUAGCCUCCCCCACCCCCCCCAUCUAUCUGACCAGCUAGUCCCAGAAGCUUCCUGUAAGGAGGGAAUGCCAAACCAUUCAGACACAGACCUUGAAAUACUGCAAAUGGCCAUCUCACAGUUACGGGCUGAACGUCAGGCGCAGCAACAACAGCUACAGAAGCAAUUCGAUGCCCAGGCUGAUUUCAGCAUUAACCCUUGCAAAAUCUUCCUUCCCUGUCCUGUUCGUACAGAUGGCAGUCAGUUUCCUCCUUCAACUCAGGCUGUUCUCAGUGAUUCAGUCCAGAUCAAUCCUGGAAGGAAAGCAGUGGCAGCCACUCUAGAGUUAAUUCACUCCAAACUGCAGACAGAGCAAGGGGAGGAGCAAAGGAGGGAGCACAGAGAUGGUGCGAAGCCGCCCACAGAGGGACAGAGGAAGGGAGGAGAGGCUGGAAGUCAGAGAGGUGAUACUCCAGUGAGAGUGGUGGGGUCGUCGGGCAGAAACCAGGGUCCCAGUAAUAGUGACAUAUCCAGCUCCGUCCGUACGUCCACCACUUCAUCCAAUCAAAACACAGCUGCAGCACCAAGUGGCCAGACAGACUCCACCAGUUACGAGAGAGAAAAAGCAGAUCAGCGAGGGGAAUGUGCAUUAUCCAAAGCAGCUAAAGAUGGUGCCAUGUCCUCCAGUUCCACCUCCUGCCCUCUAGAGGGUGACAUAUCAAGAGACACACAGUCAGGCCAGGAACCGCCAGUAAGGGGAGAAGGAUCGACACCUGGUUACGGCGGUACGGUAGCUUCCAGGAGCGCCCAGGUAAAAGGAAGUAUCACCAUGGUAACAGACCAAAAAGACAACCCAAAUCAACCUGCUCAGCCGGGACCCCAACCGAUCCAACAGCCUCAACAUCUGCAGCAACUGAGCCAACAGCAGCAGCCAAGCGAGCAGAUCCGUCAGAGUGCGUCGUAUCCGCCGCCGCCACUUUACAGCCAGCAGUGGUUGGGCGACGGCCUGCUGCACCGCCCCCACCUACCUUUACCGCCCCCGCCCAUGCCACGGCCCCUGGCUCCCCACGGCAGAGCGCGGGGCCUCCUGGGGACGCCACCUGUCUGGUCAGGCGGCCUGGGUCCUCGGAGGGGCACGCUGGUUUGGGGAUUUCAAAGGACUGGUAGAGACGUCACUGGUUCUGCACUGCUGGGGGACUACCACACCCCCGCAGGUCAGAGCAGCCAUAGACACAGAGGAGGGGGGCAAAGAGGAGGCUUUAAUGGGAUGUAAAAGGACCCAGAUUACCUACACACCUCCUGAUCCGCCCAGGGAGCAGGUCCAAGAGGAGUAACCCGGUCUCGAUCUAGUCAUAUGAAGAAGUGGAAAUGCACCAGACUCAAGGAAGGAUUUUCCACACUGCAUGCAGCUCUCAACGUUUUUUCUUAAAUUUAUGAUUACAAAGUCGGGGGGUCAAGUCUAGCCCUGAUCCAGGAGGGUCGGUACAUAUCACGGACCUUCAGAAUCACCAUCCAGGGGCGAUCGAACGUGCGCCUUAACCACCAGACCAGCAGACGCCCUCUCAAUGACUUUUAGGUUGAGUUGAAGUCAGGUUUAUACAUCGUUUACUUUGAUAGACGUGCCAGAAGAAGCAAGACUGAGUAAAGAAAAAAAUGGUUUGAUUGUUUAAAACCGAAGAGUUUAUACUUUAAAAUAUUCGGCUUGUACCUCAUUUAAUGAACCCGAUCCCGUCAUCUGAGAGGCGGAGAUCCAAGGCUGCGAUGCGCCGUACGACGUUCCUGGAUCAGGGUCAGGCGAUGUUCCCAUUGGAGCUGAAACAACCAAUUUGAUAAGUAGUCGAUUAACAGAAAAUUAACCGUCGACUAUUUUGAUUAUCAAUUAAUCGUUUGAGUCAAUUUUUUGUUGCAAAAAAGAAAAAAAGUUCAAAGUUAAUUGUCUUCAGUUUUUUCUAAUUGUAGAAAUCUGCUGCUUUUUUCUCUGUUGUAUGUGAUAGUAAACUGUAUUUAUCCGGGUUUUUUUGUUCUAGACGAACCUGGUUUUCAUUGUUUUAUGACAUUCCAUAAACUAAACGAUUAAUAAAAGUUUUUUUUUAAAUGAACAGAUAAAUCCAUAAUGAAAACAUAAUUGUUGGUUACAGCUCUAGUUCCCAGCCACAUCUUCAUCUGACGAGCAGAGACAACAACAACAACAAAAAACUAAAAAAGAGUCACACUUGACACCAGCCUGCGUACAAUCAGCUGCUGUAGUGUUUUCCUACAAGCUAACGAGUUAACUACCUGUUGAAACCACUACCUGUUCACCUGCUACGAAGAACACUGAAGGAAAAAAAGGCCAUAUCUCACCUUUGGACAUGUGCCACGUUUUCAUUCAUAAUAACUAAGCUUUAUUUAAUCUCACUCACUCACAUUAAACUGUACAAAUACUUAUAUUUAAUUUCUUUAAAAGCGCUUUCCAGCUCUGUCUUUGUUCUCAUGACUUCUCGUCAUAGUCUAAAGUUUGACACAUUUUCUCCUAUUGGGUUUUCUCCCCUUGUUGACUCCACGUUUUCUUGAACGCACCACCAUGACAAACAGAUUGUUGUUGUUUUUUUUGGGAACACCGAGAACUCGUUAAAGGUUAUUUCUUUAUAAAGGAACCUGUGAAGAUGUUUCUACAGCACCGAACCAUUUUCUUCUUCUUUUUUUUUGCAUCAUGGAAGAGAGACUGUGACUUUAAGACCUGUGAUCUUAAAGUGGAAACGAUGGAAGAACUUUAAAAGUGGGAGAAAUAAAAUAAAAAAAAUUAAAGGAAUAAGACGGACAGACUGCCUUACACGUCUUCCAGUGGACACUCCUCAUGUCUUGUAAAAAAUAUUUUUUGUACUGAAUGUUUUGGUUUGUUGCCCUGGGAGCUGUUGGUGUUCACGUUGCUGUUUUAUGUAGGAAGUGACUGUAAGAGGUUUUAACUUAAAAAAAAUAAUCAUUUUUUAUGUUUUUUUUUUACAUCAGAGGUUUUGUUUCCUUUCUUGUUUUUUUAUUAAA